AAAGCCAUGGAAGCUUCCGCAGGUUGCUGAUCACCGCCCGGCGGCUGCGACUGCAGAGACGCUGCGCCAAGCGGCGCGCGAGUCUUGCGAGCGGGCGGGACUGCGGAGGGCGAGUGGACCCAGAUCAUCCUGAUAUGUAGGUUCCAUACAUCAUGUUACCCAUUUUGCAAUGAGGAAGCCAGAACAGAGAGGUGGAGAAUAUUGCCCAGGACUGGCAGCUAGCUUGCUACAGAACCUGGAGAGUAUGGACCUGGAAGCUCAUUGGCUUGGGAGUCAAGGGGCUGCUUUUACUCUGAGCCCUCCCAUAGACUGGGUCACCUUGGCCAGGAAGCCCUGAACCACGUGCCAUCUGGGAAGGUGAUAGUCAACGAGACCAGUCCAGCCUAAUCUGGGGUUCCUAGUCCUGCUCCAGGAGUCUUCCGGCCUGCAGCCCAUGCCAAGGAGGGAGAACUGGAUAUUGGGGGGUGGGGUCUGAGGGGCAGGGAACUGGGGCAAAGCAGGCCCAGCUAGUAGAGUAAAAGAUUCUGUGCUGUGCUGGAAGGCAGGAGGUCCUUCUUCUGCUGUCCCUGUGAUUGUGGGCAAGGCCUCCACCCCUCUGUGCACCUUCACUGACCUGGAAGACUUGGGGUUGGACUGAUGACUCCUAGCCACCCCUGAGGCUCUGAGGACUGUGACUUAAGCUGUGGUGAUAGGAGCCUGUGUAUCAGGCCCCCUGAAUUCACUGGUGAAGGCAGCUGUGGCCACAGCCUAGGCUACAGGCCCUCAUCUGAUCCCAGGGUAUACUGCUGAAGGGCAAGAGGAGAAGCCAUGCCAGGCAGUGGCCCCAACGAGAGGAUGACAUGGCCUGGCCCUGCCCUCCCCACGCCCCCCACAACCCGCCCUCUCUCCUCAGCCCCAGGGACACUGCCCAUCCCACCGCUCACCAGGACCCGCAGCCUCAUGGCCAUGUCCUUGCCAGGGAGUAGACGGGCCUCUGCUGGAUCCCGCAGGCGCACCUCUCCACCGGUGAGCGUGCGGGACGCCUACGGCACCUCUUCCCUCAGCAGCAGCAGCAACUCUGGCUCCUGCAAGGGCAGUGACAGCAGCCCCACACCGAGGCGCUCCAUGAAGUACACACUAUGCAGUGACAACCAUGGCAUCAAGCCCCCCACUCCAGAGCAGUACCUGACUCCACUGCAGCAGAAGGAGGUGUGCAUCCGGCACCUGAAGGCCCGGCUCAAGGACACGCAGGACCGGCUCCAGGACCGGGACACAGAGAUUGAUGACCUGAAGACGCAGCUGUCACGCAUGCAAGAGGACUGGAUCGAGGAGGAGUGCCAUCGUGUGGAGGCCCAGCUGGCGCUGAAGGAGGCCCGCAAGGAGAUUAAACAGCUCAAGCAGGUCAUCGACACAGUCAAGAACAACCUGAUCGACAAGGACAAGGGGCUGCAGAAGUACUUUGUGGACAUCAACAUCCAGAACAAGAAGCUAGAGACCCUGUUGCACAGCAUGGAGGUGGCCCAAAAUGGCACGGCCAAGGAGGAGGGCACUGGGGAGUCAGCCGGUGGGUCCCCUGCACGUUCCCUCACCCGCAGUUCCACCUACACUAAGCUGAGUGACCCGGCCGUCUGUGGUGACCGCCAGCCUGGUGAUCCCUCCAGCACUUCUGCUGAGGAUGGAGCUGAUAGUGGUUUUGUGGCUGCCGAUGACACACUGAGCCGGACGGAUGCCCUGGAGGCCAGCAGCCUGCUGUCAUCGGGGGUGGACUGUGGUCUUGAGGAGGCCUCACUGCACAGCUCCUUCAACCUUGGCCCCCACUUCCCUGCCAGCAACACCUAUGAGAAGCUGCUGUGUGGCAUGGAGGCUGGCGUGCAGGCCAGCUGCAUGCAGGAGCGGGCUAUCCAGACAGACUUCGUGCAGUACCAGCCUGACCUGGACACCAUCCUGGAGAAAGUGGGCCAGGCUCAGGUGUGUGGGACAGUGUCCAAGGACAGGCACUCAGAGCUGCAUCCCCACCCCUCAGGGCCCAGAGACCCCAACUCAGCAGUGGUGGUGACAGUGGGUGACGAGCUUGAGGCCCCAGAGCCCAUCACUUGUGGGCCCUCUACACACCAGCCUGCAGCCAACUCCAAUCCAGGGUUGCCAGUCAGCGUGGUGUGUCCUGUGGAAGAAGAGGAGGAGGCAGCCACCACUGAAAAGGAGCCCAAGAGCUACUGGAGCCGCCACUACAUCGUGGAUCUGCUGGCUGUGGUGGUGCCAGCUGUGCCCACGGUGGCCUGGCUCUGCCGCUCCCAGCGGCGCCAGGGCCAGCCCAUUUACAAUAUCAGCUCCCUGCUGCGGGGCUGCUGCACCGUGGCCUUGCACUCCAUCCGCAGGAUCAGCUGCCGUUCGCUAAGCCAGCCGGACUCCAGCUCAGGGGGUGGCUCCCAACUCUGAGGAUGCCGUCUGUGCAGUUCUCCACUGAGGCAGCCUGACCAUUGAUUGUAGGAUGCCAGUCACUCUCCCCUCACAGAUCCCCUCACAGAUUCCCCAUGGCAUCAUCUUAUUUAUUUACUUUCGGGUUUGGAAUAGUUUUCCUCCCAGAUAUUAACAGUGUCAGGGAUUUGGAAAUGUAUCACAGAACUUCAAGAGAGAAAAGGUAAGGGAGGCCAACUGAAGAGGGAGAAGCUGGUGAGAGCCUCCCCACCCGACCCCUCUUGUCCACCCAGCCUUCAGAUAAGGUGGGCCCUGCUCAGGGAGUCUGGCUGUAUUGAUCUGGGGACCCUCCCUUUCCCUCACUGUUCCUUCUAGCACCCUGCCAACUCCAUGCCUUUUCUCCCAAACCACCCCUUAUCCCCUCCUCAGGCUCCUGGACCAGUAUUACCUCCUCAAAUGGAGGCAGCCAGGAGGAGUGCAGAGAACCCACCUGAGCAGGGUCUGGAUCCCUGGGGCCUGCAGAAGCUCUAGCCUUCCCCUCCUUCCCCUUGGGAUAUAGACGUGCAGAACAGCCGGAAGGAGGGGCAGAGGGCAGGGUGGGUUCUGUGUAUGUCUGUCUGUCUUUCAGGCCCUUUACACACUCUGUUUUCCACUUGGCUUCUAGGUGUGUCUGAUCUUUGUUAGACCUCCACUCCCCUACCCCCACCCUGACCCACUCAUCCUGGGAUUGGGAGCCCUUGCCCAAGCCCCAGCUGCCAUUGGGAGAAUCUGCCAGCACAGAGGAGGCAGGGCCAGCAGCUCCAAGGGCCUCUACCUUCUGAGAUGAGUCCACCUCAUCUGCAGCCUGGAGAUGCCAGAGACUGGACCCCAAAACCCUCAGCAAGCUUGGAAAGACAGAGACCACUUGGCCCGGGCUCCUCUGGCCAUUGGCCCAAUCUCUGCUUUGCACUAGGUUCCCUGGGCUUGGUACCUGCCCAUCUCAGGACCUCCAGUAGGUGGCUGCUUGCUUUCUGGGAUCAGAGCUCUUGAAUCUCUGACCCAACUGUACCUAAAGGAAGGUGGCCAUCUGGAUGAAUCUCCAGAUGGGGUUCUGAAGCCACAGCAACUAUCUUGUCUAUGCCAAAGCAGGGUGCCCUGGGUAUGUUUCCUAGGCAGGGUAUGCCAGGUACGUGAGAGCCUGCCUACUCUGCUCCUGGCCCAGGCCCAGUCAGCCUGGAAAGAUAACCUGACCCCCACUUCCCACCUCUUCUACAGAAGGGGUUAUAGCUACCUGGUUGGCCCACCUACUCAACAGAGGUUAGGCCCCACCUUUAAGGAGUUGGUGGAACCCUGUGUCUCGCCCUCUGGCAUAGGGGCCUCUCUGGUUCUUUGCCAAGGUUGCUCACCCUUACUCUGCUGCUCCGACGGCCACUACCUGACUCAUGGGUUCAGCCCCUCCACUCUGUGCCCUUUCUGAGGGGCACCUGCAUGCACUGGGAGUGGGCAGCCAGCCUAGCCAUCGGGGCAAGAACCCUCUAUCAUGCGCUUUGUGCCUCCAAAGCUCCCCCACCUCGGUUGGGGCCUCAGACCAGCCAUCCUUGGUGGAGUACCCCUACCCGAGCUGAACCAAACCAGAAUGUCUGAGACCUGGCUGGGGCUGCCCCACAGGACACUGGGGUGGUGCCAUGGAGAGGCAGGGGACAAAACUGAUCCAAAGCCAAGCCAGGACUGGCCACGGACCCAGCCUCCUACACCGUGCACUCACAUGAAGCUGCAUAGUGUCUCCUUAGCAACAAAGCUUUGCUGAGAAAAUAAAUGUAUGAACUAUAUUUGACAACAUGAAAUGAAUAUAUUUUUCACCACUGGCAUUUAGUCCAAGUUCACAGCCCUCUGCUCCUGUCGCUGUCUUGCUGUCUGGGCCUUCUUGUUGUGUCUUGUGUUUUUGUGGACCUGGGCAGGGAUGGGCCUGUGGUCUACUUUGUCCCUGCUGCUGGAGAAGCCAUUGUGAAGGGUCCAAGCCUGUGGAGACAGUGAGUGGGGCUGGCCACCACUCUCUGCCCCUGCUCUGGUCCCAGAUCUGCCUGUGGUCAUCAGGGGAUCUAGCCUGCAGUGAGAGUCCUCUUUAGUGAGUUCCGGUGAGUGAGACUAUCCAGGCACUGCUUCUGGCCAGUGGAGGGAGCAGCUCAACACCCAGCUCUGGGACAGACCCUGGGCCCCUUGCAGGCUGGAGGUACUGGAUUGAAUCCUGGGUGUGCAUGAGCUCAGAAGUCCCACAUCUAUGCAAAGGGGCUGUAAUGCCUGCAUGGCUCCAAGAAAUGGGCCUGGAAGUAGACAUACUACAGCAGCCUGCUGGUUCUGGAUCUGGAAGAGGAGGCUGAGAGAGCAAGGCUCUGCCUUAGAUGCUUAUCCCCAAAGCUCCCUUCUCUUCCACUUGUGCCCCAUCAUGGGCUGCAACCUACCCUCUUGCCCUUGGCUCCUGGAGCAGAAAUCUUUAGGGCUUCUCUCUGCCUCCAGUUGCAGCUGAUAAGAUCCUGAGGAAGUGUCCUCAGAAACCGCCUUCUAUUGCUACUGGUCCCUUAGAGCCUAGUAGCUGGAAACAGUGGCUUCUUAGUUCUGAGGCCAGGGCUACAGCACCCUGCUGCCCCUCUAUCGGGACCUAGGUAGGACUUCUGAACAGAGCCAGCCUUGAGCAGAGUUCAUGGCAAAUGUUUCCAAGCGGGUAGCAUACAUACCUAGCUUUUCCCUGAGACAUCAUUCUAUUUGUUACCUGCAUAAACAUCUGACAGUAAAUCCAGGCCUACUGAGGAGCCUCUGCCCAGAGAACUCACUACUCCCUGUGACCUAGGCAACAAAGCAAACAGGACAAGGUGCACUCUCACAUUAGGCCAUCCCCUUGACAGAGAAUGCAGGGUACACAGGAGGGAGGCAGUGAGGAAUCUUGACUCUCAUCUCCUGUCUUAUUGUUCAGACAGAGUUGCACCUGUAGCAGACAGCUCUGAAUUAAAGCAUGAACACUCA